CAUUUUACAGUAUGAACAUCCAGCCUUAACCCUACUCAAGUUAAUACGGCUUAUCAUAAACCAAACGUAAAUCUGUCAAGAUUUCGCCGAAUUAAAAGUAUUUUAGUGGCGAAAAUCCCUCACUUUUAAGUUCUAUGCAACAGAACCCGCCUGAGAAGUUUACUGCUUUAAGAUGGCCGCCCUUUACUAACGCCGUGAGCUCCGAUUUUCCGCAUAGUGCUAUAUAUGUGUUAUAUCUGCGUUAUGCAUUAGCUCACAGCUAGAUGCUAUGAAAUUGUGUAAACAAUGCAGCACAUGGUGGAAUUCGAAUUACCAUCAUCUCAAAUUUAUGAAUGCUAAACCAUCCCGUCAUAUAAUUUAUAGCUAACUAGGUAGUUAAUUAUCGUUAGCCGAGAUGGCAGCGUCUAUCCCCCCAUUGGACUGUGCUCCCCCUUUAAGGUGAGUUUCUCUCUUGUAGCUUGUAACGUCAUGUUACGCUAUGCAUUUAAAAGACUAAAUGCCUUCUAAGACGAUCGUGUUCAUUUUAUACUCUGUUGCUCAACGUAAUGUAAAAUUUUAAGGAGCUGGUUGGUGCCACACACCACGAAGACCAGCAGUCACAAGCAACGCAAGGCUGCAUCCAGGAAAGAAAGAAGGAAGCGGAAACGACAAGCAAUGGCCAGAAUCAGAGAGUGUGCUGCAGCACAAAAUGGUGUUGAUCCCCCUGAGGAAGUGGACGAGGAGGAUGAUGAAGACGACAGGAUAGUGGAAGAGGAACGGCAACGUUUGCACGAAGAGUGGCUGGAGCGAGAGCGACUCGCGCAAGAAGAAUUUCGUCUGAAGUCUGAGCGGGAGGAGGCUGUGAGGAAAAGGAGAGAGGAGGAUGAGCGGAAGAUAAAGGAGGAAUGGGAGGCUCAGCAGAGGAGAGAAGAAGAAGAAAAAGAGCAAAAGCAGCAGGAAAAACGAGACAGAGAGGAGGCUGUUCAGAAAAUGUUGGAUGAAGCAGAAAAUCAGCUAACUAAUGGAGGACCGUGGAUGAAUCCUGAGGCUCCCGUAACAGAGAGAACUGAAAAUUAUGGGACAGAGCGAGAUGCAGCCAACUGCCCUUUCUUCCUCAAAACCGGGUCUUGUCGUUUUGGUGACAGAUGUUCUCGGAAACAUGUGUAUCCAUCGAGUAGCCCCACCCUUAUGAUCCGGGCAAUGUUUAUAACAUACGGCAUGGAACAAUCUCGACGUGACGACUAUGACGGUGAUGCUUCUCUGGAAUACAGCGAGGAAGAGCUGCACGAGUCCUUCACUGAAUUCUACCACGAUGUUCUACCGGAGUUUAGAACUGUUGGCAAAGUGGUCCAGUUUAAGGUCAGCUGUAACCAUGAGCCACACUUGCGAGGGAACGUAUACGUUCAGUUUGAAACAGAGGAGCAGUGCAAAGAGGCCUUCAUCAAGUUUAAUGGAAGGUGGUAUGCUGGCAAACAACUGCACUGUGAGAUAUGUCCCGUAACACGGUGGAAGAAUGCCAUUUGUGGACUGUUUGAUAGAAAAAGGUGCCCAAAAGGGAAAAAUUGCAAUUUCCUGCACGUAUUCCGAAAUCCCGGCAAUGAAUUCUGGGAGGCCGACAGGGACCUUAACAUAUCACCAGAUCGCAGCAUCAAGGGAAGUCACUCAGAGAGACACUCGGAAAGAAGCGGAGACCGAUCUUGGAGGAGUCACCGGAGCAGGAGCCCGCCGAGAUCGGAGAGAUCCUACAGCAGACGUGAAGAUGAGCGACAUAGCGAGAGGAGUCGAGACAGGAGGACGUCCCAUCACCAAAGGGACGACAGCAGGCGCCCAUUCAGGUCGGCGCAUUAUGACAGGGGUAGAGCUAGGUGCAGAAGCAGAGAAAAGUCCAGGAGUAGAAGUCGAGACCGUAAAAGUAGGGAUCGAGACAGAAAUGUCAGAAGUCGCGAUAAAAGUGAAGAGAAAGACCGAAACGGUGGCGCAGAAAGAAACAAACCUGGCAGAGAAAAGCGCAAACAUCUCAGCCCAUAUAAGGAAGAUGAAAAGCAAAACAAUCCUGAUGCUGAAAACAAGCGACAUCGCCACCACAAACACUCAAAAAAGAGCAAAAAGAAAAGCAAAAAGAAGCACAAGAAGAGGAGCUCUUCACCUGAAGCCAUGACUUCUUCCAAAGAGUCAGAUGAAGAAGAGACUGUCGACAGACUCUCGAAAAAAAGUCCAAGUGGCGAGAAAGGGGAGAACAAUGAUGACUUGAGUGCAAGUCCAAGCACUGAGGCAGAGAAACCUAUUACAGAAGGGCACACAUUAAGCUCUUAGUGGUUUUUACUUACUUAUUGACUGUGAUUUUGCGUUUGUUGUUGUCAACGGCAGCCAAUGAAUUAAGCUGGGGGAAAAAAUCAAGUUCAAUAUGCAUUUCAGUUUGAAGACAUUUAUUGGUAAAUACUGUAAAAUAUAUAAAUGUCAAUAGGAUGGUGAAUACAAAAGUGGGGUCUUUUGUAAAAUUAAAAGAUCUACUUGAUAUGUUGGAUUAAUACUGAAUGUUUAACACCAUGUGGUUGGACUUUUCUGAUUCAGGAACAAUACAUUCCAAAUGUUUUUACUGCUGCAUACGAACAAGUGGACAAUUAAUAGUGUCUUUCAUUUGAUUGAAAUGAAAAAUAUACUUAGCUUCAACAAUCUAACAAUAUUAGAUCCCCUUUUUUGUCACAUUAGGCUUCUAUAGACACCAUUUGUAAGGUAAAACACAGUUCUUUGGUCAUAGAUUUAAAUGUAAACCAAAGCAUUAUUGUAAAGAAAAUAGAGCUAUUUUUAUUUGGGUCACUUUUCAGACCUUAGUAGGGACUUCAUUUCUCCCUGGACGUAACUACAAGAUAAAAAUGUAAGUUUAACAAACAACACUACACAGAAACAACACAUUUUGACCUGAAAACAAAGUGGAUCCUUUAAAAUUGUCUUUAUGUGAAGUUUUGUAUUAAUUAAAUGAAAUUGACAACUACAAUCCCAUUUUUUUUAACAUGCGGUACAAGAAUGAAAUACCAACUCGACGUACAAAAAGCUAAAUUACUUGAAUAACUUUUAGAUGUCGCUGAAGAACAGGAAGGAUGAUUGAUUUAACACUGUAAUUGAAACCAAGGCUUUGUUCAUGUUGCUACAUUGGUCAGAGAUGUUGCACUUAAAAUGACUGAGCUGCUACAGAGGAAUCGCAUAAUCAAACCACACUUAGCACCUACCACAGUCACGGGACGUUACAAGAGAGCAAAGUUCAGAAGACUACAGCACAGACAUGUUGAUUACAAAUACAGCACGAACAUACAAAGACGACACUUGACAGUAAACGGGAAAGGACAAGAUGUGCCAGCGUUGGUUCUGAUAAGGAGAAGCCUAUGUCAGCCCAAUUUCUUCUAAAACACUCCUUGGGGCCUCUGCUUCCUGUAGAUAUAAAAGUCAU